GCGAUACCAUACAUCACGUCAUUGUAGUCGGUAAUUUAGGCUACUGAAGAGUAUAUAUUGCUGUAUACUGUAUUGUCAUGAAAUUUUUGAGCUCAUUUCCUGUAACAAUAAAUUUAACAAUAGGAUACAUCAGGAAUUAGAUGAAUUUUGCUACGAUCAAUGAGGACUCUUGGCAGCAUCGUUAGUUUCAGUGCGUACGAAAGUUUGCUGGAUUUGAAUUUUGUUUGAAAAUAAAGCGAAAAUGAAUGCAAGAUCACAGAUGUUUGAAUUGUCUGUAGAAGGAAGACAGGUUCAAGAAGUUGUUUCUGCUAUUUUCCACACAUUAUUGUUUCAUCGAACGUUAGGAAAAUUUGAUUAUAAACAAGAAGGAAGUUAUUCAGUUGGUACUAUUGGUUUUGAAGAUGUGCCAUGUGAUUUUGUAGAUUUUACAUACGUAAGAUGUGCAUCUGAUGAAUUAGAUCAAACUUUAAUGAAAGAAAUUCAAAACUUUAGUGAAACUUUAAGAAAUACAGAUGGACCCCAAAGUGGACAAAUUUCUUUAGAAUUCUACCAGAAGAAACGCUUACACUGGCCUUUUGCUCCAGAAAGUAUUCCUUGGGAAGUAUGGACUGUAAAAAUCAAUAUUAUUUCGUUACCUAAUGAACAUGAGAGGCAAAUAUAUAGAGAGAAAGUUGGCGAUAUGCUCGGUGAAAAAGUAAUUGCCAUUGCUUCAGCAAUGAAUCGUAACGAAUAUGUUCCAAAAAUGCCUAAUCAGUCAGAACUUGAUUUAAUUUUUGACACUAGUUACUCAGAUGUUCAACCUUAUCUCUUCAAGAUCACUUAUCAUACAUCAAGCCCUACAAAUUCAUCAGUUGUUAGUACGGCAGUGCGGAAAUUAUUGAAAGAUACAUUGGGAUAAAACAAAGAUAUAUUCAGUUACCACAUGGUGGAAUUUAAUUUAUUUUGAAUGCAUUAAUAAAGAAAAUUUUUACAAACAAUAUUUUGCUGUAGAUAAAGCUUUCAAUGCUUAAUACAUAAAUAUUGGACUUAUCCAAUAUAAAAAAAUUGAUUAUAAUAUUUAUUUAUAUCUGUUGCAUU